GUAUAUUAGCGGUGGCUACCCUACAGAAGGAUGACCAUGAUGGGCGACGCGAGUGAAAUGCUGGCCGCAGCUUUGGAGCAGAUGGAUGGCAUCAUUGCAGGGUCCAAAGCACUGGAAUACUCCAAUGGCUUGUUUGAUUGCCAAUCCCCAACGUCUCCCUUCAUGGGAAGCUUGCGGGUUCUGCAUCUGGUGGAAGACCUUCGGGGUUUGUUGGAGAUGAUGGAAAUAGAUGAAAAAGAAGGAUUGCGGUGCCAGGUCCCCGAUUCGACAGCAGAGAUUUUGAUGGAAUGGCUGCAAAACCAAAUGAUUAAUGGUCAUUUGUCUGCUAACGGAGAUGUCUACCAGGAACGGCUGACUCGGCUGGAAAGUGACAAGGAAUCUCUUGUUCUGCAAGUGAGUGUCCUUACUGACCAAGUGGAUGCUCAGGGAGAGAAGAUCAGGGAUUUGGAAUUGUGCCUGGAGGAAAACAGAGAGAAGCUGAAUGCAACGGAAGAAAUGCUACAGCAGGAGCUCUUAAGCAGAACAUCUCUUGAAACUCAGAAGUUGGAUCUCAUGGCUGAGGUCUCCAACCUGAAGCUUAAGUUGACUGCAGUGGAAAAGGACAGGAUAGAUUGUGAAGACAAAUUCAGAGAUGCAGAUGAUUUGAUGCAGGAGGUUAAUGAUUUGCGCCUAAAAGUAGGAGAUAUGGACAGGGAAAGACUUCAAUAUGAGAAAAAGCUUAAAUCUACCAAAUCUUUAAUGGCCAAACUUUCUAGCAUGAAAAUCAAAGUGGGCCAGAUGCAGUAUGAAAAACAGCGGAUGGAGCAAAAAUGCCAAAUGCUGAAGGAAGAACUAUUGUCUUUAAAAGAGAAAUUAGAACAGAAGGAAUCGGAAAUAAAACAAUUGCAAGAAAAAUUGGCCCUUCAAGGGAAAGGAGACAUUGACCUAAAUGGCAAAGAUGACAAUUGUAAAAAGAAGCUGAAAGACAAAAAUGUUGAGGUCCAAAAGAUGAAGAAGGCCGUGGAAUCUUUAUUGGCGGCGAAUGAAGAAAAGGAUCAGAAGAUUGAGGAUCUCCGUCAGUCCCUUAAUCGCUACAAGAAGGUGCAGGAUAUGGUGAUUUUGGCUCAAGGGAAAAAAGGCAAGGAUGAUGAAUAUGAGGAUACUGGGAGUCCAGGAUCACUUUCCUCAAUCUUGUUAGAACCACAGACUCUAAGCGAAGGGGAGAAAAGUCCAUCUUCUACACCGCUCUCAAGUUCUCCGAAUCACGAAGACUUGAGGACAAAAAGUUCUGAAGAGACGUCCAUCCAGCUCCACACGAGUGUCUUGCAAGUUUCCCUUCCUUCUUUUUCACAGUCAUUCAGACAUUCAGAAGAACAGACUGAUAAAGGAAACGUCCCAUCCAAGAUAGAAAUUGCAUGUGAAAACAGUGAAAAACACCCAGCGGUGGCUUCCAUAGAAACCCAGCUAAGUGAUACAAAAAUCUCAGCUCUACAAAAAUCUAGCAGUCUUGGAAACUUGAAGAAAGAAGCCUCAGAGGAUAAAGAGUCCAGACACAAGCAAGAAGAGAAUAAAUCGCCAGUGGAGAAUAGCAAAUAUGUAACACUCCCUUGCAAGUCUCCGGGCGAAGAAGACGCUUUUGGGUCUCGCAAAGCCAGGUCUUCCUUCGGCCGAGGCUUCUUCAAGAUCAAAAGUAACAAAAGAACGGCAAGCGCUCCUAACUUGG